CCUAAUAUAAAGAGUUUCAUUUGAAAGCCGCGGAAGCUCUAGUGUGACAAGCGAUGGACAAGUAGUAUAUUGAAUUGAGUUGAAUUGAAAUGUUAUCCUUUAAUCCCUCAUGUGGAUGUUGUUGCGGUAUUUCCACAGCAACAAAAGCAUUCCAAUUUCACUUCCGAACUUCACCGUUUUUCUUCACUCCCACUAACAACUAUAAUUUCCGUUAUAGCAUUACCAGAGCCACUUCUACUUUCUCCGAUAAAUCCAACUCCAAUGAACAACCAAAAUCAAAUUACUCCGGCGUGCAGUUACAAGACACCGUCGACGGUGGAACCACCAAAUCUGCAAAACUUAGACUCGACAGUUGGAUCUCUUCUCGCAUCAAUGGUAUCAGUAGAGCUCGCGUUCAAUCUAGUAUUAAAGCUGGACUCGUUCAUGUCAAUGGCCGUGUUGUUGAUAAGGUUUCUUUCAAUGUCAGAGCUGGGGAUGAGAUCAAGUGCACAAUUGCGGAGUUGCAGCAGUUGAGAGCUGUGCCGGAAAACAUACCUUUGGAUAUAGUGUAUGAAGAUGACCACUUGCUAGUCAUAAAUAAACCUGCACACAUGGUUGUGCAUCCAGCACCUGGAAAUACAUCUGGGACACUUGUAAAUGGAAUUCUUCACCAUUGCAACCUGCCUAAUGUUGAAUUUUCUAAAGAGGGAGCUCUUUCAGAUACAGAAGAUUCUGAUGAUGAACUUAGUGGCUUCUCAUCCCAAGAAAGUUCUUGUGAUGGUUUAGAUUCUACAUUUUCUAUGGCAUCAAUUCGACCAGGGAUUGUACACAGAUUAGACAAAGGCACGAGUGGGUUACUAGUUGUUGCUAAGGAUGAACAUUCUCAUAUGAAAUUGUCUGAACAAUUCAAGCUACGCACUAUCAACAGGGUCUAUGUUAGUCUCACUGCUGGGUUACCUACUCCAGUUGCUGGUCGUGUUGAGGUUCCAGUUGGUCGUGAUCCUAAUAACCGGCUUCGUAUGACCUCUGUAGUUGGAGCAGUUAAUUCUGUGAAGGCCCGUCAUGCUGCUAGUAGGUACAAAGUAAUUGAGAUACUUGCUGGGGGUAGCUGUGCAUUGGUUGAGUGGAAGUUGGAAACUGGACGCACUCAUCAGAUUCGUGCACAUGCCAAGUAUUUGGGUGUACCUCUGCUUGGUGACGAGGUAUAUGGAGGGACAAAAAGCAUGGUCUUGUCACUGCUACGGCCACGAACAACUGCGAGUUUGCAUAGCGAAAUGUUUAAAGUAGUUUCUGAGCUAGAUAGGCCUUGCCUUCAUGCUUUGACUCUGGGGUUUCAGCAUCCUCAUACAGGGGAGCAGGUGCACUUUUCAUGCGAACCCCCUGUAGAUUUUAAUGAGAUUUUGAGCCAGCUUCGUAGAAUUGGAAGUGAAAAAAUUUCUCACUCAAAAGUCAAAUUAUUAAAAGGGGUAUUGUAAUUUGUAAGCCGGUUUGGCCUUCUUAUCACACUUCUAUGCUUAAACUUUCUUUCAUUCCAUUGUUGAUUAAAAUAUUUUGAAUACAAUGGCAAAUAUAAAACA